AUGUCAGAUUACAUCAUACCUUUCGAAGUCCAAGUAGAAAUCAUGACAAGGCUUCCUGUGAAAUCACUAAUUCAAUUCAGAUCAGUCUCAAAACUAUGGAAGUCUCUAAUUGAUAGCUCCCAGUUCACUGAUGAUUACAACGCCUACCAAGGUCGACAACAAUGUCUGCUUAUAAGGUACAAAGAUCCGCAUGAACUUCACAAGCAAAAAUAUGUUUGUAUUGUGGAUGAUGAGACUUUCCCCCAACACAAGUCUGCUCUAAACGCUCCCAUAUCCUUUCAGCAACUUAACAAUUUAAGGCUAGUGGGUAGCUCCCAAGGCUUGUUGUGCUUCCAUGGUGAGUAUCCAAACCCAGAUGGUUCCUUCCUUCACUCCAGAUCUGAGAUGGCUGUUAUUUGGAACCCUUCAUUAAACAAAUCAAUUGAAAUUGAGGUGCCUUUGUUGUAUGACAUACAUACAACUAUUCUUGGUUUCGGGGUUUGUCCUAAUACUUGUGACCCUAUGCUAGUCAAAAUUAAUGAUAUUUAUAUGCCUUGGCAAGUUGAGGUCUUCAAAUUAAACUCAGGGAUUUGGAGAAUUCAACGUUGCCAUUUGCCUCGGAAACUAGUUGAGUUUACAUGGUCUCAGGUAGCUAUAGGUAGGUUUAUCUAUUGGCAAACUUGGGAUAAGAUUAGUAAUAUCAUUGUUUCGUUUGAUAUGAGACGUGAAAAGUUUGCAGAAAUAAAUCUCCCGGAUAGUUUAGCACACGAACCUCUGGAAACUUUGUCCAUCUCUAAGCUAAGGGAGUGUCUGGUUGUGCUUCACUACUACAAACAGACCGAAAAAGAAGUUUGUGCAGUAUGGAUGAUGGAGCUUGGUAUUCCAGAAUUGUUUUCAAAGCUAUUUACCAUUAACACCCCUGGUGCAUCAUUAAAAUUAAUACUAGGAUUUAGGAAGAAUAAGGAGCCUAUAAUUGAAACGAAGACAGUUGAUCACGAAGAAUCCGCGACACUUCAUGUUUAUGAACCACAAUCAGAAUGCAUUAAAGAUCUUGAGAUUCAUGGAGAAUGUGGUUCAAUUCUCAUGAGCUCCUACACGGAAAGCCUACUUUUUGUUAAUCACCCGGAUGGACAAUAUAUAAAGAUCAAAUUGCAGUUAUCACACUGA